AUGGCAAUCGAGAUUAGUGACCCUCGUGGUAAUGUCAUCCUCCAAACCAAGGAUGUUUCAUUCCGGGUUUGUCCAGCCGUUAUGUCGGACUCCUCUCCAUUCUUCGAUGCGAUGUUUCGUCACGGCUUUAGGGAAGGUCUCGCGGUGCGAAAUGCAACGCCUGAAAACCCUGUUACUAUUGAGCUUCACGACGACGACCCGGAUGCCCUUCGUAUUUUCGUUCGUACCGCUCACGAUCAGAUCGUGGGCGUGCCCACGGUGCCAGCGAUUGACCACAUUAACCGUUUGGCAAUGCUGGUUGAUAAAUACGACUGCGCUCCGGUAAUGAUGAACUACGGAGAGGUCCUAAUCUAUCGCGUGCUGGAGACCAUCACGACGAUGGAAGAAUUGUGGCUGCUGUUGCAAUACGCCUACGUCCUGAACUCCCAAACCCUCUUCAACGACCUAUCACAGCGACUAGCACUGCAACUACCCUGCGCCCUCGAGAGCUGGAUGUAUCCGGUGGAUGUUAUAGCCCCAUUUAUACCUAUCGCAGAGAUCAUAGACCAGGUUGAUGCUCUGCGCGUCUCGUACAUGUCCACUAUCGAACGGAUCCUUGGGGCCCCCUAUGACAAAGGCAUGAGUUGUACGUGCUUUGCCAAUCCAGACAUUGUUGGCAAUUAUUGGCUCCAGCUGGUGCAACUUGACAUCCACCCUUUAACUCCUUUCACCGUAUUCUGGGAGAAAAGCCCUCCAGAAAUCAUAGAGAGGACUAAGCGACUGUCUCCUGCUGUGGACGCACCCUACAUUAGGAGGUGCCUUGUCUGCUGUAUACAUGCUGAGCUUUUAGCGCCAGCAAGAUUGGCUGCGAGGGUGGAGCGAGAUUUGGCACAAGGGUUGUGCGUAGGAUGCGUGAACCCGGGUGGUUGCGAGUGGCACCCAGAAGGGUGAUAAAUCAGUUGCAAUAGGGCUAUCCAGAGUGUCGUUUCCUGUUUGGAUAAAAGUAUUUUGAGAUUAAUGUCGCACCAUGAUGCUCCAAGCUGAGAUCCAACUUGUAGGGUAGUUGCUAUAGCCUCACCAAGGAUAUCUAUUCGCACAUCUCGGCCUAAACCACCAAGGCAAAUCGUGAAUCCAACGAACUCCUUUAUCCCCAGUUUACCACUGAAACAAACAU